UGUCCAAUGGUUUAAAAAAAAACACCACGAGGCAAAGGAGAGUAACAAUAACGUGUUAAUUAGUGAGCAUUAGAUGUGCUGUGAGGCAGAGUGUGUUACCUUUGGACAGAACCAUGCUAGCUGUUUUCAGUCUUUCUGCUAAGCUAAUUAACUCAGCUAAUGUGUGACUGAAACAUGCUGUUUGAUAACCUCAAAGCAACGGGGGGGCUGCUGCAACAGAGAGAUCCUUUGACACCCAACCAACUAAACUGAAGUGACAGUAGUUCAGCCUUUCACCCAAACAAACAAACAAAAUCAAGGCAGUAAUCCUUUCUAUCUGUGCCAACAUAAAAAGCAGUUCAUAGAGGGGACUGAAUCCUCUCUUGCCAUCACUGCAUGGCAACUGUGUAGCAGUAAAGUAGCUCAGAUGAAGAGCAGAAAACAGGAUUUCUCUCUUGUAAAAGGUAUCGCUUUGCUAAAUAUAAGCAGGCAAACGAAAUGCAGCCGUUUACAUUUUAGGUUUAAAUGUGGCAUCCUAAGGGAUGGAUGAGCUUUGGGGCAGCUGAGGAGGACAUUGAACUCAUCACAUUCACUGCCUUUUUGGGAGACAUUGCCCUGGAUGAAGAUGACCUCCGCAUGUUCAAAGAAGCCCACAGCAGUGAUGGUGCACAGCACGCUGUCCAGACCAACCACUCGGACUCAGCUAACAGCUCCACUUCCAAUGAGAGUGUCAGGAGUAAAAGAGCUGCAGACAUACAGACUCUCCGUCGUUGGAGGAGGGCAGCCACCUCCAGACCUGAGCGAGUCUGGCCGGAUGGCAUCAUCCCAUAUGUGAUCAGUGGGAAUUUCAGUGGCAGUCAGCGAGCCAUUUUUCGUCAGGCGAUGCGUCACUGGGAGAGACACACUUGUGUAAUAUUCACUGAGAGGACGACUGAAGAAAGCUACAUUGUUUUCACCUACCGACCUUGUGGGUGUUGCUCCUACGUGGGGAGAAGAGGUGGCGGCCCUCAGGCCAUCUCUAUAGGGAAAAACUGUGACAAGUUUGGCAUUGUGGUACAUGAACUUGGCCACGUGAUCGGCUUCUGGCAUGAACACACACGUCCGGACCGUGACGAGCAUGUAAGCAUCAUCAGAGACAACAUCCAACCAGGGCAGGAGUAUAACUUCCUGAAGAUGGAGCCAGGCGAGGUCGACUCACUUGGGGAGGUAUACGACUUUGGCAGCAUCAUGCAUUAUGCAAGGAAUACAUUUUCCAGAGGCGUCUCCUUAGAUACAAUCUUGCCCCGUUAUGAUGUCAAUGGAGUCAGGCCACCUAUUGGACAGAGGACGAGGCUUAGCAAAGGGGACAUCGCACAAGCCUGCAAACUCUACAAGUGUCCAAGGUGUGGGGACAGCCUGCAGGAGAGUGCUGGAAACUUCUCUUCUCCUGGUUUUCCGAACGGCUACUCGGCAUACGCUCACUGUGUCUGGAGGAUUUCUGUCACUCCUGGAGAGAAGAUUGUUCUGAAUUUUUCUUCCAUGGACCUCUUCAGGAGUCACUUGUGUUGGUACGACCACGUGGAGGUCCGAGACGGGUUCUGGAGAAAAGCUCCUCUGAAAGGACGUUUUUGUGGAGACACACUUCCAGAUCCAAUCAUCUCAACUGACAGUCAACUGUGGAUUGAAUUCAGAAGCAGCAGCAGCUGGGUGGGCAAAGGCUUCUCAGCAGUCUAUGAAGCCAUCUGUGGGGGAGAGGUGAAGCGGGACAGCAGCCAGAUCCAGUCCCCCAAUUAUCCCGAUGACUACCUGUCCAACAAAGUGUGUGUGUGGAAAAUCACAGUUGCAGAGGGUUUCGAUGUUGGCCUCUCCUUUCAGUCGUUUGAGAUUGAGAGACAUGACAGCUGUGCCUACGACUAUGUGGAGGUGAGGGAUGGCAAUUCAGAGAGCAGCCCACUGCUCGGCCGUUUCUGUGGCUAUGACAAACCAGACGACCUCAAAAGCAGCUCCAACCAGCUCUGGCUGAAGUUUGUAUCUGAUGGAUCGGUCAACAAAGCUGGGUUUGCAGCCAACUUUUUUAAAGAGAUGGACGAGUGCUCCAGACCUGACAAUGGUCACUGCGAGCAGCGGUGUCUGAACACGCUGGGCAGCUACAGGUGUGCCUGUGACCCUGGAUAUGAGCUGGCAGCUGACAGACGCAGCUGUGAGACAGCUGCCUGUGGCGGGUUCAUUACCAAGCUGAAUGGCUCCCUCACCACCCCCGGGUGGCCCAAAGAAUACCCUCCCAACAAGAAUUGCGUGUGGCAGCUAGUGGCGCCCAUUCAGUAUCGCAUCACUCUGGUGUUUGAUGUGUUUGAGACGGAAGGAAAUGAUGUGUGUAAAUACGAUUAUGUGGAGGUGCGCAGCGGGUUCAGCUCAGACUCAAAGCUUCAUGGGAAGUUCUGUGGAGCAGAGAAACCCGAGGUCAUCACCUCCCAACACAAUAACAUGAGGAUUGAGUUCAAGUCUGACAACACCGUCUCCAAGAGAGGCUUCAAGGCUCACUUCUUCUCUGAUAUAGAUGAGUGCUCCAAAGAAAACGGAGGCUGCCAACAUGAAUGUGCGAACACCUUCGGAAGCUACAGCUGUCAGUGCCGCAGCGGCUUCAUGCUGCACGAUAAUAAGCACGACUGCAAGGAAGCGGGCUGCGAUCAUGUUGUAAACAGUGCGUCGGGCACAAUAAGCAGCCCCAACUGGCCUGAUAGAUAUCCCAGCAAGAAGGCCUGCACCUGGUCUCUGUCCACAACCCCGGGCCAUCGUAUCAAACUUGUUUUCAACGAGAUCGACAUGGAGGCUCAUCUGGAGUGCGCUUACGACCAUGUGGAGAUCUACGACGGGCGAGACGUGCGUGUUCCAAGUCUCGGUCGCUUCUGUGGCACCAAAAAGCCUUCUCCAGUCGUCUCCAGUGGCAACAAAAUGUUCCUGCGUUUUUUCUCAGACAACUCGGUGCAGAAGAGAGGCUUUGAGGCUUCAUACGGAGCAGAAUGUGGAGGAAGUCUGAAAGCCGAGGUCAAGACAAAAGAUCUCUACUCUCAUGCCCAGUUUGGAGAUAACAACUACCCCGGCGGCUCCGACUGCCUGUGGGUGGUCUCUGCAGAGAAGGGUUACGGAGUGGAGAUCAUCUUCCAAGUGUUUGAGAUCGAGGAGGAGGCAGACUGUGGGUAUGAUUACGUGGAGCUGUAUGACGGAGCUGACGUCAAGUCCCCGAGGCUGGGACGAUACUGUGGAUCUAGGGCCCCAGAGGAGGUCUACUCAGCCGGGGACGCCAUAGUUUUAAAGUUUCACUCAGAUGACAGCAUCAAUAAAAAAGGCUUUCAUGUGCGCUACACAAGUACAAAGUUCCAGGACACAUUACACGCAAGCAAGUGACUCUCUAAAACUACCCCAAACCUAAAUGGAGACUUCACCCCUAACAUUUGGUGGGACACACCCAUUCCAGACGAGCAGUAAAUGCAUGAUUGACACCACAAACACCAAGCCACAUACUUUACAUUCACAUCUGUUAGAAAGAGGAAGCCAUCUUUACUCUUCCUCAUUAUAUAGCUAUGUAGGAUGAAAGGCAGUGAUUAUUUCCAGUAAAUUCAGUCACACAGCCUGUAAUGAGCUGAUUAUGUCAUAGCAUUGUGAUAAGAUAUAAAAUGUAUAUAUUGUGAUAUAGUUUGCCUUGUUUUUUAAAAUCACAAUAUCUGAGGUUGAAAGUUCGAUCACUUCUAAUGAAUGUAAUGCACUUUGUUGUAUUAUAUCACUGGACAAAUGCACAUAAUGAGUAUGGAGGACGAAAACAAUCAAAUAUGUUUAAAGCGCAGUUUAUUCCUGAAAUCAGACCUGAUCGGUUUUAUUCUGACCUGCCUCUGAUGUACUUUAGUUUUUGAGUUCUCUUGCAGUACAUUAACAGUCCCUCGUAGUAUAUAUGAGUUCCCUUGUGACAUUUUUUCCCCCCACAUUUUUUCUGCUUUUCCUCUGAUUGAAGUUCCUGUACGUUAUAUUCUCUUGCAGCACACAGCAGUACAGCAAGAUAAUGGAUACAAUUAGCACCACAUGCUUUGAUCCAUCCAAUAUUUCCCCUUUACAUCUCCGACUACAUGCUUGUCAGUGAACAUUUUCUCUACUGACCUUAAAGAACAAAAGGAGGAAGGCAGCAUAUACAGCCUCUGGUUAAGGUGAAGUGAUUGCACCUCGGGGGGGUUUCCUUUCCAGGCAGGGGUGCCUGGGUUGUUCUUUCUGCCUCAGGUGGGAUCAUGUGAGCGCUUGAUGGGGACAGUUACUCUUAUUAAACAAUGACAAUAAUACUUCAACAUAUACAGUAUGUAAUCAAAUGACAAGGAUGUUCUAUUUAUUUUUAUGCUGGAAAAAGCAAACUUUGGAAGAAAGUUCAAGAAAUGCUUUUAUUAAAAUGUUACUCAUAUAA